GUCGAUUCGAUCGUCGAUCCCGUGUCGUGUCUCGGCAGCAGCAGCAGCAGCAGUAGUGGCUAAACGUUCGUGUCGUUUGUGUUGUGCGAAAAGUCGAUAAUCGUUUGCUCUCCCGUCAGUCGUAGAUCCGCGCAGAAUAAUCGCAGAGAAAAUUCUCCGUCUUUUUCGGUUGACUCCAUUUCGAUGCUCGCGUAGAAAAUGGUUACUUUGAUAUAAAAAGAAGUGAUAAUUUAGCCUGUGACGUGUGUGAAUUUCGGUAAAAUCAAGCUAUAAUCUGCAUUGCGACGGUCAACGGAUACGAGAAGCAGGAAAAAAGUGUGAGCCCAUCUUUUUCUAGAUAGAGCAAAGCAGUAAGGAAAAAAAGCAUAAAGGUGGUGCGUUUAUUUGUGUGUGCGCUCCUACUGGCUAAGCUGGUUGAGUUGGGUGUGUGUUGUGAAAAAAAUCAACAAUACCACCCGAGCAAACCCUGUAGUGCUGCCAGUUCAGUGGAUUUAGCUGGAUAUUGAAUUUUGCUGAAUAUUAAGGAAGGAGAGCCUACGGUAACAAAAGUUUUGCGUGGAUUUGUGUUGACUAGCUGAAUACACAAUUCCGUAGUUUAUCGAUCCGAUUCGACACACGGAGCAAGGCCUAAGGAGGAUGGCCGAUUAUGGCGACUAAUCCUUCCAAGAAGCCGCCAGAAUAUGACACGCCCACCGAAUCCAGUGGUUUUAACUACUACAGUAGCAGCAACAACAUCAACAGCAGCAGUGGUAACAUCGUCCUGAACAAGCGGCGUUCAACUUGUUCCUGUUCGAACAUUGCUAUUAUGCAACUGUUUCACGAGAUGAAGCAAAAAUUUCCAACUGUUCCGGACCAUGUGGUAUCGGAUCUGGUUACGGCAAACUGUCACAAUCGUCCAGCCUGUAUUGAUAGUUUGGAGAAGGCAGUGCUGGGUACGCCCUCUGCCGUUCAGGCUUAUCCGUCGCAAUCGAUACACAGCACCACGCUAAAGCGACGUAUCAACGAACGGAAGCUAAGCAAGUUGGAGAACAGUUUCAGCACGGGAAGCAGCGGCAGCAGCAGUCGGGAGAACAGUGUUGAUAAGGUGUCUACUAGGAAUGGAGAAAACAUCAACGGUGCCAUCAAUUCCGAAUUCGUGAACAAUAAUAACAGGCUGAAUAAAAACGCAACCGCAAACAGCGCUGAUGAUAUACCACGUGACAGUGGUAGUGCCAAUAAUGCUGAUAACAACCAAACGACGUCGGUUUUUGAUAACAAUAAUAAUCGAGUAGCGCUGAGCAGACCCAAUACGCUCGCGUUUAGUGGACCUAGACCGACGCGAGCGGCACCGUUGCCGCCCAUUAGUUCUACCAUCACCGCCAGCCCGGAACUGGGUGAAACCGUAAACGUUCAACUAAACGUGACCGUGUCACCGGUAACGAGCCGAAGUCCGAUUGGUCACCGACACACAUCCACGUUACAGCUCCAACCGGAGCCACCGUACUCACGCGAACUAGCUCAGGCAUCCAGCAGUUUUAACUUGCCGGGUCCCGUUACACCCGGCGCGAACAGUCGGAGUUCGACAUCGGUGAAUUUAACCCUGCGGCAACCGACUGACCGCCCGCAGUCGCCCAUCCACAUUCACGCUAGUCCCCUCAAGUAUACGGCCAAAGGCUUCAACGCUCAGUCCGGCAUUCAAAGCAAGCUGGAAAUAACCUUCCGCGACGGGUUCGGUUCGAUAAGUGCCAUGAGGACGCACGUCCCCGGGUAUGAUGCGGGCCCGACAACGACCGGCGUUUCCUGUGAUACCAGUAGCAGUAGUAAUUUACCGUACGGCGGGCAACCGCUGCAGGAGAACCCGUACCGCGAUCCGCUGUACGUACCGACGGCGGGUGUUCAGUCGGCGGGCUUUAAUGAGAGUGAUGGACUUAGUAGGCAACAGCUGUAUCAGAAUUAUCGGACAGAGGUGGCGAUAACUCAUCAGCUGGACCAGAAAAAUCGCCUCAGCGACGAGGUAGACCGAUACCGGCAGCAGCUGGAGUCGAUUCGGCGGGAAAUUCGUGUGCUUCAGCUACCACUCUCCCAAAGUGAGGCAGCAAUACUUAACCAAGAGGUAGAACAGCUUGCACAUGAAGUUGACGGUAUGCAAAACGAUAUCGACUCGGCAGAACUGCUGGGUCCCAAUCAACCCCUUCCGGUGGCUGUGACGGACGGCCUUAGUGCACUCAGUAUCGAAGGAUCUCCAGUCUCUCCCAUCAUAAAUCGUCCGCCUCGUCCCCCGAGACCGCCUCCACCGAAGCUACCGCCAUCACAUCCGGUAUCAGCUGCUCCAACCACAACCUCGUCGUAUACGAUCGAAAGCCGGUAUCCGGGACGGUCGAUAUCAGCACCCGCCGCCGGGCUUCCCGACCCCACCAGCGGUAGUGUGAUCAGCAUCGGAGAGCCAUGGACUUGCAGCCUUUGUACAUUCCAGAACCAUGAACUCAUGACCAAAUGCGAAGUGUGUUCGUUGCCCAAAGUUUCCGGUAGACUAUCGUCCCAGAAUUCCGUUCCAGCGUCGCUUAUGGCGCUACCAACGCCAUCAUCAUUAUCAUCAUCAUCAUCCCAAUCCCCAGCGCCAGCCGUACUAGCCAUAGCAACCGCCUCGGCACCUAUAGUUGCAGCUGCUUCCCAUCCACCAAUGGCGAACAAUGUUUUGCUACAGUCAUCCCCUACCUCCUCUUCCUCGGCAACUUCUUCGACGGCUUCCACGCCACAAACGCAACCGGCCCCUCCACCGAUCCAGAACGCUCAGUAUCAGAAAUCGUCAAUCGAGUGCUGAUGGUGUUCCGAGUUGAAUACCGGGAAGAGUAGGAUGGGGAUAGCGCUAUAACCCCUCUGCUGCUGUUGCACAUUGCAACCCUAGAAAAUACCAGUAUCGGAGUGAAGCGUGUUGAUUUUGCCGUGUUGUUCUCGAUGAGUUCCACUUUAUUUUCGCUGGAAUGAUUGUGCAAGCUUUUAUCACGCAAAUAGAUAACACCGACCGCUGCUGAUAGGAGAAGCCUUCUAUAUAACAACAACGAAAACGAAAGAUUAUAACCACCACCACCGCCACAUCGAUAGCAAACGAUUGGGUGCUCAACCGAAUGAUGAACGGUUUGGAGGUAUCCGCGCCUUGUAGGCGUUACUGCAACCAAAAUGUAGGACGCGUUUAUUUUAAUUAUUAAUAUGUGCCUAGUAAUUAACCAAAUCCCGUACUAAAAAGCUUACCCAAGUUGCCUCUGCAUGGGUGUGACUUCCGAUAAUCGUAUCGUGCAAGUGUGAGCAUGAAGUAUACCGAAUAAAACGUGUCCAAUGAAACUUAACAAGAGUGUGAUCAACUAAAAUAUUUUAGAAUUUUAAUCCUAAUAUGUUAUGGAUGUGAAGUUUGGCUUAAGUUAGGUACGCUGUAUAUAUGAUGGUAUAAUAAUAGGCAUAGAGUACAAAAAAGGUGAAAAAGAUAACUAAAGUUACAAUACUAUUUUACUCCUCAUUUCAAGGUACGUAUACUAUGUAUUUAUCAUGUUUGAAGUUCUCAGAAAGUGUUUUCCAAUGUGCGCUGAUAUGCUGCGAGUUUUUCAAAAAAGAUUUUGCUAAGCUACGCUCAUCACGGGAUCCAUUUUGUUAUGAUCAGUGUAACCAUUUCUGCAACAGUUAGUUCGUCGGGCGUUUGCUGAAGAUCCCACCGUACACCUCGAGAAUUCGAUUACGGGAUUUUGUUCCCCAUGAAUUUUAAAUGGAUGAAGGUUUUUGUUUAUAAGUGACCGGAAAACAGAAGAUUACACAAAAAAUCAGGUUAUCCGGAGCAUAAAAUGAAUCGCGGAAAACAACAUUUUAACAUCAAUCCGUAAUCAAUUUCCCGAGGGGUAUGGUUGCCUUUAUAGCACUGAUUCGUUCUCUAUUCAUGCCAAGCCCCGUUACAUUUCCUAGUUUGCCAAAUAAAUACAACUAACAGCAAUAUUUUAUACUUCUCUGUUGUCACACAGACGUUGGCCACUACUAUUUCCAUGGGUCAUUCAUUGGCGGCGCAAAGGGCUGCGAAGAUAUUUCCUGGAUUUGAAUUAUCCAGAUUCUGCAGGUUCAGCUUUUCCUGAUUUGAAGGUCCGUUGAAAUUCUGUAAAUGCGCUUUGCUUGUGUUUUAUGAAAAAUUUGAGUAUAAGCGAUGAUAGAGUGCUGAUGGAAUUGUUUUGUGAGCAAUUCCUCAUUGUAUAAACACAAUUCACUGUAUAUUGAUCAUCAGAUUACGUUAACUUGGUUGAAUAUGCCGUAUUGGAUUUCCUAUGUGGGUUGAUAUUACAUUAUUGCGCCACUUACUAACCUUCUCAAGAUGCUUUUUCUCCAACGAAAGCCGGAGAAUGUGAAAGUCAUUUUAACUAUCAGCGGCGUUCGUCGCGUUCACGAUCGGCUCCACGAGAAAGCAGUGCUGAUGAAAUAUGUUGGUUCCAUAGUAAAUGCAGAAGACAUGCACAAAAAUGUCGCGAACCUUGUUAAACGCAAAACACUAAGGUCAUGUCCAUCUGAAACGGUGGAGAUGGGCACAAACCUCAAAAGCAGCCGUAUACAGUUAAUCGUACGAGCAAUACCAAAUAUUUUGUUGAUACCGGCUCCGACGUCUCCAUCAUACCAACCACAAAUCGCGACAGAAUUAAAGAUUUGGUACCAUUCAACUUACAUACAGCAAACGGGACCAAAAUUAAAGUGUACGAUGAACGUUUUCUGACAACCGAUGUAGGCUUGCGUCGCGUUGCCUAGUCGCGGAUAUCGCUGGUGCCAUAAUCAGAGCAGAUUUAUUGGUCGCAAUCGGCAUUCUCUUGGAACCACCAACUUGUCUUCUAUGGGCAGCAUAACCGUACCGGACGGAAUCAGCGAUGCAUAGCAUAACAAUAGUUGCGGCACAUUAUCCUCUUCGGGAGCUGCUGGCAGAAUUUCGAGACAUCACAUUACCCACAGCGAAAAAGAAGGGAACGCAACAUGGAAUUACCCAUCAUAUCCAGACGAAAGGUCCACUGAGGUCGAUUCGCACCGGAUAAGUUAGAAGCCGCUAAAAAAUUCAUUUAAUGAUCGAUUUGGGGAUCUGUCGUCUCUCUCGCAAUGCAUGGGCCAGCCCGUUACACUUCGUUCAAAAGAAAAACGGAGAAUGGAGAUUCGUGGGAGCUUACCAUGCUUUAAAUCAAGUAACUCUCCCGAACCGAUAGCCUUCCCGCAUAUUCACGAUUUACUAAAUGCUUUACAGGGGGAUUCCGUACUCACAACGUUAGAUCUGUAGAGAGCAUAUCAUCUGGUCGAAGAAUCGGACAUUCCCAAGACGGUUGCAUUCUCACCAUUCGGGUUGUAUGCACUUAAACGGAGGCAAUUUGGCUUGUGCAACGCUUCACAAACCUUUCAUAGAUUUAUGCGCAAGGUUUUUGCCCAUAUGAAAUAUGUAAUCGUUUUCGUGGACGAUAUAUGCAUCGCUUCAGGUACCAACAUUAUCAACACGUUCGCGCUGUUUUCAAACGACUCCAAUCUUACGGACUCAUCAUCAACAUCGCUAAAAGCUGUUUUGCAGAAUUUACAGUUAAAUUCCUUGGUUACGCGGUGAGUAAAAAUGGUAUGCUUCCCCUUCCGGAUCGAGUGAAGGCGGCGACCGACUAUCCAAUACCAUCAACGGUCAAGGAACUCCGCCGAUUCCUAGCUCUCGUAAAUUGCUACAAGCUAUUAAUUCCACGUGCAACAGAUGUACAAGCCGAGUUACGUUCACUGAUUUCUGAGAAUAUAAGGAAUGAUUCUAGAAAGCUGUUGUGGUCAGAAGAAGCAACAGCUGUGUUCAACAAAUGCAAACAGUCCCUGUCACAAGUAACACUAUUGCACUAUCCCAAUUCUACCAAGCCAUUUGGUCUGCUAAUCGAUGCUUCAAAUACUGCAGCGGGGCUGUACUUCAACAGCUGGAUAACAGCAGCUGGGAGCCAUUGGGUUUUCAUGCGGAAAAAUUUUCUUCAGCUCAAACCAAAUAUUUUACAUUUAGGCGCGAAUUAACAACGAUGAAAAUGUCAGUGCAUUAUUUUCGGUACAUGCUGGAGGACCGAAAGUUCGUGAUUUUCACGGAUCACAAACCGCUCACGACCGCUCUUACGUCAAACCCGAACACCAGGCAUCCUCACGAGGAACGUUAAUUGCAAUUCAUUUCGCAAUUUACGAACGACAUUCGUCACUUCAACGGGCAGCACAACAUUAUAGCAGAUGCACUAUCAAGAGUGGAGACAGUACUAAUUUCUUCACCGUUCGACUUCGAAAACACUGAAAUCACCUACAUCGCUUAAGUUCGAGAUUCGGCAAACUUCGCUAAGUUUAAAACCACUGUACUGUGAUACGUCGCACAAUCAACUUAGACUGUAUAUUCCUCCGCAACAUUGGGGAAAAAAUAAUGCACCACAUGCAUGGACUGGUACACCCUGGAGCACGCGCUAUCCGUCGCCUUAAAGCAACCCGCUUCGUAUGGCCACGAGGAGCCCAUCUGCAAUGAUCCACCCCAGGUGAGUUUCUCGCAGCUGCGACAGCAUGUCGGACAGGAUCAGAUGCCUUGACUUUAGGAUGCCGAAGAACCACUCUCCACUGAUCUGCAUAUCCACAUUGCCGGGUGUGUGGAACACUGAUUCGGUAAGGACUAUUCCUUCUGGAAGGCGCCAUCCACUGACGCCCAUGUUGGUGGUUGAGAUUGGUCCACUGACGUGGGUUGAGAGCAGGCACUCGAGAUAGCAGAAGAAUGUAGACAGUCUAGAUCGGAAUAUACCUAUCACCUAGUUACGAGCAUGGCUUCACAACUGGUUGAUGCCGGUAAUAGGAACGUUGGCUCGCUGCUAUUGUCGCUAUCGACGAGGACGUGAUAGGGAUAAGGUUGGUAGUGUUUGUCAAUGGCAUUUACCACUGUGGUGAGCAAAUAGCUGGAACAUUAAGUAGAUACUGGGUGGUCUACCGUAGUGGGUACCUUCAGUUCUUCGACGGACGGUGGUUGCAGCUUAAGGCGCUUUGGUUACCACCAAUGCUGUGGAUUGGAUGUCAUACUUUGGAACUGGUACCACAUCUUCAUGCAACAAAGUAUGGUAUGACUUAGAGGAAGAACAACUUCUGGCGAGGUGUCCUAUUCGUAGGAAGUAUUAGCAAGUAUUCUUCUGGGACGUGAGCAAGGAGAUGCAGUUCGAGCAGUGGAAGUUGCGUAGAGUGGACCUUCUUCUUUGUUUGUAGUGCGCCCAUUAUUUCCUCGACCGUAGCGCCAUUUAAUGUCCAUUCCAGUCAAAGGUCUCUGAUAUAGGUUUCCGGACCGCUCUGAGUUUGCUAUUGUAGUAGUGUGUUAGAAAGUGUUCUGCCUCCACGGUUUUUUUCCGGUUUCUUAUUUACUGGUUGUGUGGGCGCGCUGUCUCCAGGUCCUUGAUGAUGUUUCAUAGCUGCCUUAGGGAGGUGUUUUGUCUAUGGUAUCGGAGAGUUCAUGACAUCACGCUCGCUUUGCCCAUCUGAUAAGUCUCUUCAAUAUUGCUUUUGUUUUUUGCAGCCUAAUGUGGUUUAUCAUAGUUUUCAGUUGGCUACAGUUUCGCAACAUUUCUCGCUUGGCGAUGUACUGCCGCUAUAAGCAUUACUGUCCCAUGUGCUAUGGGAUUUCAUAUACACAUGGGACAAUUAUGCGUAUAGCGGCAGUGUAGGCCUGGCUUAUUUCCUCAGACCACCAGCGCUUGAGGAAGUUUCCCUUUUUGUCCUUGACAAUGAAGCUUGUUCGCAUUUCCGCUGGGUUGUAGACAUAUUGCGGUUUUAGCUGAUUGAUCAUAUCCGCUGCUUUGUUUUUUUACCCGUUACACAAUUCCUGGUACCAGAGGGAUCUCGCUCCCUAUGAUUUAUAGGUAAUUGUUACCGAAUUUCUGUGGGAUCACUUCACAGGAUGUUUUCGAUGCUAAACCUGCUGUCACUAGUGGGAGGUCGAUUGCUAUACUGUUUCUGUUGAUCGUGUACAUACACGUUGGCGUACCAUUAAUAAGCAAUUCUAGGGCUCCAAGACAUUGUUGAGCAGAUUGUAUUUCGGGUAGCUUGGUGAACUAACGUCCCACCUUUGGUAAUUGUAGAGAAUGGGAAGGUAAUCAGGUAAACUGUAGAUUAUGAAAACAUACAUGAUGCUGAAAAGUAGUCGCAGUAACCGUUGAAAAAAAAAACAAAUUUGAAUGAGUCAGAUGAAAUACUUCAGUUUUAGGCAGAUUCCAGGACGAGCAGUCAAAGAAAAAUCGCUCCGAAUUCAAUCUGAAAAGAAAACUUCUUAUUGGGCAGUUUCUUCGUGAGUUCUGUGUGACCUGCACUGCCCAUAUAUGCAUAAGAGUCCCAUAUUGAAAAACAGCAAGCCGAGAAAAACGCUGUUCAAGAUUUACGUUUUUCAUUGAGCCUUAUGGAUAGGACAACCAUGUUUUGGUAUUUUUUUCGAUAUUUUCUGAACAAACCUGGUAAACUGAUUUGUGCUUUAUGAUUCAGUGGUGAUACAGAAUACAAUCCAACAGAUAUCUCAUUUUCGACAAAAAUCCCUAUGGGACUCUUAUGCUUAUAUGGGCAAUGCACGAAGUAUUGAAAUGCAGCAGACUUUCAAGAAUCCUCAAAUCACGACAGUAAUGACUAUUGAGAUCGCCCCCAAUGAGGAUUGCUUUUUGUGUGUUUUCGAACGCCUCGAAGAAUUGCAGAAAUUUCCUUCAGGUUUCUUCGCAGAAAUUUGCCCCGGCGGGACGUACACCGAGAUCAGUGUGAGGAAUUUGUUUUCUCCCGGCACCUAGCUAUUUUACCUGCUCGUCCUUUAACAUUAUAUCGUAUCCCUCGAUUUUAUACUCCGUGCAAGCUGUUGGUUUUUGGAUUGGCUUAACCUUGUUUUUGAAGUAGCACCACAGACUAACAGCUUCACCUUUUAUUCACGGUCUCAAACACUCAUUUACUGGUGGGUUACACCUCAGGUUUGGGAGCAAUUUUUCACUAGUUGUCUAUCCCCAUAUGCUUGUUCAUAUGUCAGUGGCGCCAUAAUUUCAAAUGUGGCCACAGUCCCAACCACAAAUAUAUUUAAAAUGACCGUUAAAGUCGGCGAAGCUUUGUUUUUAAGUGUUAUGUCUGUUAGUCUGUGGUAGCACUCCAUGAACUCCGUUCCUUUUUCCAGUGUACUCUCUGUUCGAAUCUUGUAUUCCCCAGACAGUGUCGUAUCGAUUUCCUUUACGAUAUUCCAAAGAUAUCUAGACAGGGUUGACGCGUCCAUUUUCUCCGAUAGUUUAUGUAUAUAUUUCCUUUUUUUCUUUCGUACUUCCUUUUUGAAUUGUGCCCUGGAUCGUUGAAAAUCGAUGGAAUUUUGCUGGUUAAUGUUGACGCUCGCAUUUUCUCACUGUACAGCUUUCCAAUUAUAUCUGUCCACCGGAUAUUCAAGACUCCAUGAACUGUGGUGCCCAUUUAAAUCGCCUCCGAUGAUGGUUUCUCCCACAAGGCACCAAGUACACGAAUAUCUGGUAUUACAAGACCAGGAAUAAACGCUAGUAUCUUCAUGGGAUACUGUCCGACAGUGUUUCAAGCAGAAAUAUUUGUCAUUCUAGAAUGCACUUACGUAUGUCUGAAAAGUAAAUAUCGGUACGCAAAUAUCUGCAUUUUCUCAGAUAGUCAGGCUGCGCUCAACGCAUAAGGGCUCCCUCAUGUCGCUCAAAACUAGUAUGGGAAUAUAUUCUUGCACUCCGACAAUCAUAUUUAUUUAUAGUGGGUUCCAGGACAUUGUGGAGUUGCAGGGAAAAGCAAAGCCGAUGAGCUAGCAAGAAGAGGAUCUUCCACCAAUUUUAUCGGCCCAGAACCAUUCUGUAGAGUCUCAUCAAAUGCCCUCAAAAUGACACUGAAAAAGCGGGAAAUCACAGCUAUAAAGAACAACUGGAGUACCACACCUGGACUACGACAAUCAAAGAAAUUUAUCCCACCCAACGUGAAAAUAAGCCUGGAGUAGCUUAGACUAAAAAAAGAGCUAUGCAUCAUGACAGAGUUAUUUACCGGACACUGUCCAUCUUAAAAAAAAAUGGUAAGCUUGCAAACGAUACAUGCCGCGUCUGCGGAUCUGAAAGUGAAACAGCAGAGCAUCUGCUCUGCAAAGGCAGUGCAUUGAUAGAACGUAGACUAAGAGUCCUCAGUAAAGGAACAUUGGAGCUUUUUGAUAUUUGGACUGCAAAUCCCAAGCAGGUAAUAAACUUCAUACGAAUUGGUGUGCCUAACUGGGAAGAGUGUGUAUCUUAAUAACGACAAUCACUCUUCAAUGGUGAUAUGUCAUAGUAGAUAGUACACUUAGAUUAAGGAAAAGGCAUACCACAAUAGAGCUAAAUACUGGUCGCAGUGGUUCGUCUCCUACAAAAAUACAGAUAUCUUGAAAUGCUUCCUUCGUUUCCGGGCGGUAGAUAUACCGAGAGUAGGUUAAUUGUUUUAAAUAAAGGUUCGACCAAUUGAUUGAUUUCAACUCCCACUGCUUCUAGUGGUCCAAAGUUUGGUAGCUUGAAGUUCUUAUACUGUAUUUCUUUCCGUUGCAAAAUUCCUACACCGCUAUAUCCUCCAUCUCUAAAUCUAAAGUAAAAUCACGAGAUUGUACUUUAUUACUACCUGUUCCCGAUCUCUAAGCUAGAUUUCCUGAAGUAAGGCCACGCUGAUACCGUUAGUGAUCAAGUUUGUAUAGAGUUCUUCUCGUUUUUCCACUGGACGCAUACAUUGAAUGUUGUAGUACUCUGAGCGUUUUAUUCUCCAUUGCUUCCAGUGCUGUCUAUUAUGUUGCCGUUGGAUUGUCCCAGCUCUGCAUUUAUAAUUCUAUUUAAUUCGGAAGAAACUUCAAUCAGUAUGUGGUCCGUGUCUAUCUCUGAUCUUGAUGCUUGUAGUUUGGGGUGUAGCCUGUGACGUAGACCAACAGCCAAGCUUACGUUCGAAAGCAGAAAGUAGAGUUUUUUUCCGAGCUGCGCAAUGAAGACCUCGAACUCAGUAGCUUUGUGUUUAUUCAGCUGCAUUGGUCGGUUUUCCUUUUUUGGCCUCGUACGUCUGCGUUCCUCAGUUUCCUCAGCAACUGCUAUUUCGGCGUUUUUUUCAUCUGCGGCAAUUUGCUCUGGUGGUGGGUCGCUCUUUUCAGGAAGCCGUUCCCUUUGCAAGUCCGAAUAAUCUUCUGUUUUAUCUGGAAACUCGAAACGGUUAGAUGUGUCGAAGAGUUUUUCUGCUUCUGCAUUUGUAAGUAAUAAGUAAGGAUAAUUCCCUUGGAACCUUGCACAAUGGGCUUCCUUAUCGCAUCUGAAGGUUUGUGUUCCUUACCACAGUUCUGACAUUUUGGUUUCGAUCUACACACGUUUUUAUAAUGGCCGAAUUUCCAGCAUGCUGUGCAUUGCUUCUCCGGAAAGAUGUAAAGCUGUGGUUUGAACAUGCAUCCGAAAAUUUUUAUUACUCUCGGUACUUCUUUUUCUAAAACCGUAACUUUCAAAUGCGGUGUUUCUAUGAGUUUGUCCUCUUUGUCCUUUUUUUUGAUACGCUCUACCACUCUGACAUCAGAUCUGAUGGUUUUCUUCAGCUCUUCCUUUCCAAAGUUCAGACAGGUUUGGAAUGAAUCAUAUGGUUUCUUUGUGCGCUGCCCAUAAAAGCAUAAGAGACCCAUAUGGAUUUUCGUGAAAAAUGAGUUAUCUAUUGGGUUGUAUUAUGUAUCACCACUGAAUCACAAUUCACUAAUAAGAUUAUCAGGUUUGUUUAGAAAUAUAGAAAAAAAUACCAAAACAUGGUUGUCCUAUCCAUAAGGCUCAACGAAAAUGUAAAUCUUGAACAGCGUUUUUCUCGGCUUGCUGUUUUUCAAUAUGGGACUCUUAUGCAUAUAUGGGCAGUGCGAUGCUAGCAAGAGAACUCGUAAGUUGCUGUCUUUUAAGUUUAAGCUUUUCAAUAGGUUUGUUCCAAUACACGGAAGUCACUCCGGAGUAAACAGGAGCAAAAAAUCUUUGCUCCUUUUUACUCCGGUUUGCUACCAGAAGAAGAAAAAAGAGAAGAAGAGAGUACAGGAACGAUUUUCUCCGGAGUACUUCCAGUUUCUCCUGGUACUGGAACAGACCUAAUAUUUCUAAGUCACUUCCUGUUUCCAGCUCUAGCUUAAAGUGAAAUUUCUCUAUUUUCGUGAUUUCUUUGUACCGUGUGAAUCCCGCCACAAACAGCAGUUUUCCUAGAUCCACUGGAUGUUUUGGUAAUUCAAGGUCGUAAUCAUACGGCUCGAUGUAAGCCAAUUCUGAUAGCACCGUCACUUAUUUGGUAGUGCUUCCUUUGUUCUGUGUGAUUUCAGCUGCCAUACCAUUUUGAUUCGCGUGUGAAUUUUUUUGUUGGGGUCCCGUAGCUGUUGUCAUAUCAAUUUGUGAUCGUGUAAUUCUUUUUACUUUAUACGGUUCUGCUUCCUUCAUCUUGGAUGUGUUUUGUUCUUCGUUUUUUUGUCUUAAUCUAGAUAGCUGUUUCGCGAAUAUUCCGUACUUCACUUGACCCUGCUUGAAUUUUCCGAACUUGCCCAUGCACCUAAGCAAAAACUCGACGCCUUCAGGUAGAUACGACGAAAACUUCCAAUUUUCUACUACAUACUACUACUUCCAAUCUUCACACUCAAUUCGGCUCGGAAAUUUCCCAACAGAUGUGUAGUCAGCAAAUUUAAAAACUGAUGUCUCAGUAAAGUGAGAUUUGUUUGCUGAUUUUCGGUGAAAUAUUUUUCGAGACUCAGCUAUCAAACGUCACUUUUACUGAGAUCUCAGUAUUCCCCUGAUUCGCAGAAAAAAUUAAAUGUCAAUUCCACUUCACGUCGCCAGCGCUCCCGUCUAGUCAAAUCACCUGCAGUCCCUAGGCCGAUCUGAACUUCACACUUUAUUCGCCAAGGACUACUGGAAUCCACCCGAAACUCGCGAAAUUAUUCAAAAAUCGACCGGAAGAAAAAAAGCGUUACAGUCGAGGUGCGAGACUUCGAACGAUUAGCGAUGCAUAGCGACAGGUGGCAGGAGAAUCGCCUAAAAUAGCGAUGGAAUCUGUUUUCAAUGCAUAUGUUAUUAAGCUGCAUCUUGUCCCCGGGAUGAGUGACUAAAUGCAUUUGAUUGAUAUAUUGAGUGCAGUAUGUUUGAUUGAUAAUAGGUUUGUUCCAGUACACGGAAGUCACUCCCUGUUGCUCCGGAGCAAAAAAUUCUUGCUCCUUUUCACUCCGAUUUGCUACCAGAAGAAGAAAAAGAAAAGAAGAUAAUACAGGAACGAUUUUCUCCCUGUUUGCUCCGGAGUACUUCCAGUUUCUCCUGGUACUGGAACAAACCUAAUGACAGCCACAGAACAUACACACAACCAGAACUUUAAGGGGAAGUUAACAGAAUUGCUUGCUGACCGAAAAGUAAUCGAUAGAAAGUGGGUAUAUAAAGCGGCCCUUACACGUUCAAUAUUUUUAUCAAUACUAGAGAGUAUUGACAAAAGUAUUGUACGUGUAAUGGAAAAAAAGUUGUAUUGACGAUGUGGAUUUCAAACGGGACUGAAAUAUUGUAACAAUAUCGUCAAUACUGGUAUUGACAAAAAUAUUGAACGUGUAAGAUAAAGGGGAAUACUUGAGGAAUCGUAAUAAUCGAGCAACUCUGAACUGACGAGGAAUGUUGUGAACUUCAGUGAGAGACCCCUAACAUCCAUUUUUCACAGCGCUGGUAGCAGUACGGCCUGUGAUGCAGCCCUGUAAUUGACCCGUUAAAUGCUCCUCAGCAUCCUUCGCCGUGACAUUCUGACAACAGGAAUAGUAUCUAUUUACCUGAUUUUCGUAGGUUACGUGCGUUGUGUGGGAUAAUUAUGUGCUUUGUUCAAGACUAAUGAACGAUGAAAUUGAAUGAGCUUAAAACAUCCUCAACAAACGUGUUUCAUUUUGUAACGGGGCACAGUCCACGUCGAUUGAAUGUUGCAAAGAAAUUUGUUAAAACGACAAAUAUAACAGCAGAUAGAAAUCAGAUGCACAUUGAACUGUUGUCAGAUCGUUUAGUUUUUCAACAUACGAAAAACAUGCAAUCUGCUAAUUUAAUCAAAACAUUCUAUUUGAUCAGUUUUAAUUUCUUAUCAGUGAUUGAAAUAAGUACAUAUAGCAAAGAAAUCCAGCGGAAGUCCUUUUUUAAUAAGUUAAACAAAAACAAAACGAACGUUUGUUUUAAAAAUGUUAAGUCUGUAAUUGUAACAAUGGCAAAUGUUAUUGCUUUGAUAGUUUACUUAUUAAGAUAUAAUUUGAAUUCAUAAUAAUAAAUAAACAAUAAAAUAACAGUA